AUGCGACCAACCCCUCUACCCCCAAUAUACAGGGGCAAGCUAAUGUUCUUCGACGAAGUCCUCUGGGACAAAGCCGACGAACUCCUAGCAUCAUGGAAAAGCAGACUCUUCAACCAAGCCGCCAUAAACGAGAUGACAGCUCUAAUCCAGCAUCACCGCGAAGGCAUCGCAGACCGGCUCUUCCCACCGCAAAAGGGCUCGUUCAAUAUGGUGAUCCGCCUCCGCUUCCUAGACGGCGCAUCUACAAUCAUCCGCCUCCCAAUACCAGGAUACUCAGUCUUCCCUGAAGAAAAAGUCCAGCGCGAAGUCUCAGUCAUGCGCUUUCUCGAGCGGCACACUGAGAUCCGUGUCCCGCAUAUAUUGCAUUAUGGCAUGACCGACCAGAGUCCCGCCCAACUAGGCCCGUUCAUUAUUAUGGAGUACAUUGACAGUAAUGCCGAUUUGGUUGAUGCGCUGAAUACCCCCGGAAUACCCAUCGAAGAACGCCCAAUUCUUGAUCCGGAUAUUGCACCUGCUAGGCUUAGAUCUGUGUACAGUGAUAUGGCAGGGUUGAUGUUACAAGUUGCAAAGUGUUCAUUCAAUGCCAUCGGAUGCAUUUCCAAUAAUGAAAACGAUGAACUCGAUAACGAGUGGGUUGUCAAACAUAGAGCGCUCAGCAUCAACAUGAACGAACUCGUUCAGGUGGGGGGUGUUGCACUGGAACAUUUACCCCAGCGAACAUUCACAAGCGGGUCGGAAUACUUCCUUGUCCUGGCUGAGCUGCACAUGGUGCAUCUAUCAUCGCAGAAACACGAUGCUAUCUACUCUGCAGAGGACUGUCGAACGAAGUACAUUGCACGUUGUCUAUUUCGGAAACUAGCACGCGAGAAACGUCUCUGUCGCUUUGAGAAUGGUCCCUUUAAGCUGUAUUGUGAUGAUCUCCGGCCUGCAAAUAUCCUCUCCAAUUCCGACUUAGACUACAAGAUCUGUGGUGCGAUUGAUUGGGAAUUUUCAUAUGCUGCGCCUGCGGACUUUGUCUAUGCCCCACCGUGCUGGUUACUCCUUGAACGGCCAGAGUACUGGGAAACGGGGUUGGAUGAUUGGGCGCGGGUUUAUGAGCAACGGCUGGAGGUCUGGCUAGAGGAGAUGGUCAUGCGGGAAGAUGCUGAGAUUGCGCGUGGUGUGAUUGGGGAAGAGAAUCGACUAUCCGGGUUUAUGCGGGAGAGUUGGGAGAAUGGUGACUUUUGGGUUAGUUAUGCGGCUCGGCGGAGUUGGGCGUUUGAUGUUAUCUACUGGGCUCGAAUUGAUCGGAGGUUCUUUGGGGAGGGGACUAUGGAGGAUCGAUUUGCUUUGUUGACUGAAGAGGAGAGGGGUUCGAUGGAGGAGUUUGUACAGAGGAAGAUGAAUGAGAUAGCUGAUGCUUGA